GUGACGGUCACGCUCUGUGCUCUCACACUCGCAACUCUCGUUGCGAGGAUUUCCAUGAAAUUUCAUCAUGGUCUGCGUCUUGGGUGGGACGAUUACUUACUAGUCGUCGGCUCCGAUUGGGCAACGUUCUUGGCGGCAAUUUUGUUCUACGUCCGCAGAUCUCGGCGCCUGGUCUCUAUGAACGAUGUCGAAUACGUUAUCAAACUCGGGGUCAUCGGCAUAUCCUUCUGGGGCGUUUCCGUCACCUGUAUCAAAGUUGGCGUAGCCGUCCAACUUCUUCGCUUCCAAAGCCACCGCCUCUGGCGAUUAUUCCUCUACGUUAUUAUCGGCUUCAUAGUUGCCACUUCUGCAGCCUUUGUGCUCUUUGAUCUCCUGCAAUGUUUUCCGUUGGAAGCGACAUGGAACCUCAGCAUCACCAACAAAAAAUGCGUAGGCAACACCGUCUUCCAGAAAGUAUCGAACACACAAAGCGGAGUCAGCAUCUCCACCGAUAUCAUCCUCUCUCUUUUCCCUCUCACCUUCCUACGCCAUCUUCGUCGUCCUCGCAGUGAGAAAGUCCUCAUCGGUGUCCUGAUGGCCAUGGGAAUGGCAGCCUCCGCAGCGUCGAUUACGAAAGCGGUGCUUGUUCAUCAAUGGGCGUACGCCAUCGACACCUUCAAAUUCGGCUUCGCAAUCUCGAUGUGGACGUGUGUUGAAAUGUUCAUCGGCAUCAUCGCCGCAUGUCUGCCCAGCCUCAAAUCAACAAUCCAGAAGCUUCUUACAAAGGUGGGAAUUGAUUUCACGGCGGAUGGGCUUCCUAGCUUCUU